AUGGAGGAUGGAAAAGAUGUGAACAGGAACCGAACUAGAAGAAUUGUUAUGGUAGAUUCUGAUGAGGAAAAUGCAAUAAAUAAUACUCAUGAAGUAAUCCAAACACAAAACAAUACACAAAGCCAAGCUGGUGAAGCGCAAAUUCAAGAAAUCCAAAGCAGUAAUGAAGCACAAGCCAAGUUACAGAGCUAUAGUCAGAAUAACAAUGAUGCACAGAAAAAGAAAAAAGCAAAAAUAGCACUGUCAUUAAAAACAGAGGAUAUUGAAAAGUAUUGCUAUGAUGUUAUAACUGAAAUGAAGGACUUCUACAAAAAAGAUUUAGAUCUUAAUUCUGAGUCUAAGCCAGCACAUUACAAAAUAGACAACAUUGAACAUAUUUGCUCUAAGAUUAUCAAAAGGGGUGUUCAGGAGAUCUUUGUAAAGAUGGGAAUACUGAAAGAAUUGAAGGUGUGGUUAGAACCAUUGCCUGACAACUCACUACCAAAUCAGAAAAUCAAAAGAGCAAUCAUGGAUCUUUUAAUUAACUUAAGGGUCUCAAAAGCAGAUUUACUCAGCAGUGGGAUAGGCAAGAUUGUGCAUUUCUAUUCAAAAAACUCAAGAGAAGCCUUGGACAUUAGGAAAAUGUCAUUGAACGUAAUCAAAAAGUGGAAAUCGAUGAUUAUAAAGGAAGAGAUUGAACAGUAG